CGCAGGAAACACGAUCAUGGCCGGAAGAUUAUUUCAAGCAGGAAUAUCCGAGGGACAAUCAACUACUCGUCCUCCACUUUUUGACGGAACAAACUAUGCUUAUUGGACAGAAAGAAUGAGGAUAUUUAUUCAAUCAAACGACUACGACUCUUGGAUGGUGAUCAAAUACGGAGACACUACUCCAUACAAAGUUGUUGAUGGAAUUCGAGUACCCAAAUUAGAAUCUGAAUUUGAUGAUGGAGAUAAAAAGAAUGUGAUGCAAAACUCCAAAGCCAUCAACUAUCUUUAUUGUGCAGUCAAUCCGGAUGAUUACAGAAAGAUUUCACGAUGCAAAACCGCAAAUGAAAUGUGGACCAAGCUUGAGGUAACUUAUGAAGGUACCUCGCAAGUGAAGGAUGCUAAAGUUGAUUUGCUACUUCAUGAAUAUGAGUUAUUCUCAAUGAAAGCUAAUGAAAGCAUUGAUAGUUAUUUUGAGAGAUUCUCAAAUAUUAUCAAUAAUCUUGACACCCUCGGAAAGCACUACACUGAUCAUGAUUUGGUUCGGAAAAUCUUACGAUGCAUGACUCCUGAGUGGAAAUCCGAGGUUAGAGCCAUUAGUGAAGGAAGGGACUACAAUACUUUGACCUAUGACACUCUACGGGGAAAGCUACUUACAUAUGAAUCUUCUACGCUUUAUCCUCCGGGAGACAACAAACAAAAGAAGUCCAUUGCUCUAAAAUCCACCAAGGAGAUUGAAGAGGAAAAUCAAAAUGAAGAGUCAAGUGAUGUAGAAGACAACCCCGAACUUGCUCUUGUCAUCAAACGCUUCAACAAGUUUGUCAAGAAAAAUUUCAAGACUAGAAGGGACAAAUCAAAGAAGGCAACACCACCCAAAUGUUAUGAAUGUGGUGAAUUGGGACAUAUCAAGCCCUAUUGUCCAACAUUGAAGCAAGACAAGGACAAGAAGAACAAGAAGAAACAAAAAGCUUAUAUUUCAUGGGAUAAUAGUGGAUCAUCCUCCAAAACUAGUGAUGAUGAGGAAGAAACGGCAAAUCUUUGUCUCAUGGCAAUAGAGGAUGAGAACCCUAGUCGCGGUUUCUUCAUCGUCGUCGCCAAGCUCUUCUCACUAUUCCAUGGCGUCAAGGACGAAAAGGAAGACCAUUCGGCCACCUGCCUCAUCAUCUCUCCCGGGUUCUUCGUCUCAGCCGCAAUCUACACCCGAAAUUUCAAGCGUAGAAAUCAUCAAUAUGUGGUUGUUUCUAAGUUUUGUGGCAAAGAGGUUAGCUUUUCUAGUGGUGAAUUGAAUGAGAUGUUUGGCAUGGAGAACAGUAACAGGGAGCUUACUACCCAAAAUAAUCCUCAAAACCCUUGGUAUAACUUUGAUGAGGAAAAGUGUUGGGAAGUGAUGAAUUUUAAACCCUCUUUCAAUGAGUCUGGACGACCCAAAGUGAGUGGUAUGCAACCUCCCCAACGAUUGAUUCGGUACAUUGCUUCUUACAUUCUGCGUGGUCACUCGGGGAAUCAUCCUCAAAUGAGUAGAGAUGAUGCAAUGCUUAUCUACGCCAUCUUGAAGCCGGUGUCAGUGAAUUGGGGGAAAUACAUUUUGAGCUACAUGAAUUUAUGCCGAGCAAAGAAGAAAGCUUUACCGUAUCCCAUGCUUCUUACUUUUCUUUUGAAGAAAAAGGGGUUUGAAUUUCUUAGUACCGAAUCGGACCUUGAGACAGCUUUUUGGAGGAUCAAGAGGGCGACAGUGAUGAGAGUCAAGAUUGAUACUGAGGACGGAGAACGUGAGGAAGCAGGCCCUUCUCAUUCUCGUGUAGCUUCACGGGGUAAAAAGGUCACCUUGCCUAUGCUUUUUGAGUCCCUGCAAAGCCUCCAAACCUCCUUCAACAACAUCCAGCUCCAACUGGCCACUUACGGUUAUAACUUGAACAAGAUGUUGGUCAAGAGUGGAGAACAAUGGGAAACACCAUCCAUGGAAGCGCUCGCACCUUACAUGUCUCAGGGUUCUUCUUCUCAAGCUGCUCCUUUUGAUGAUGAAGGUGAUGACGUUGAUGAGGAUGAUGAUGAUGCAGAGAAGGAGGAUGCUGACCACCUUGAUGUAACCAUGGAUGGGGAAUGAGUGGAUUGGGAACUCAUUUUCUAGCAUUAAUCAUUUUAACUUAUGCCUUACUUAUUGACUCUAUCUUUUGCAUAACCCCUUGUGUUUUUGAUUAUGACUUUACCAUUUGCUGUGCUUUUUAUCUUCCCUUUUUGCUUAUGACAAAAGGGGGAAGUGUGGGUAUUGCUUGUGCUUG